GGGGAGGCGGGGGCCGCCGUGACUCGAGGAGCCGGGCGAAGGCGCGGGGUUAACCUGCAACUGCGCCUCUUCGGGAGGGAGUUGCUGCCGCUCGCUCUCCCCAGCCGCCUCCCUUGGCAGCUCUGCCUGCACGGGAAGGGAAUCCCCUCCCCACCUCGCCGCACGCCCGUGGUUGGAGCGACGCAGAUUCAUCAUGGUCAUCUUUGCAGUCCUUGCUGCUCUGCUCCUUGCUACAGGACACUCACAAGAAGUAGAUGAAACUAUCACAUACACGCAAUGUACAGAUGGUUAUGAAUGGGACCCCAUCAUGCAGCGAUGCAAAGAUAUUGAUGAAUGUGAAAUUGUGCACGAAGCAUGUAAAGGUGGAAUGAAAUGUGUUAAUCACUUUGGAGGAUACCUCUGUCUGCCCAGAACAGCCCAGAUCAUUGUCAAUAACGGCCAAGAAGAAACAGUAUCAGACACUGGUAGCAGAAAUGGUAAUCCCAUCCGUCGGACGCCUCCAGAUCAGGUACCAUCUCGGAUACAGUGUGCAGCUGGGUUCGAGGCAAAUGAUCAUAAUGUGUGCCAAGAUAUUGAUGAAUGUACCACUAGUGCCCACACCUGUAGGUCAGAUCAGGUCUGUGUCAACUUAAGGGGAUCAUUCGCCUGCCAGUGCCGAACUGGAUAUCAAAAACGAGGAGACCAGUGCUUUGACAUUGAUGAAUGCACGUUCCCUUCCUUUUGCCACCAUCGGUGUGUGAACAGUCCUGGUUCCUACCACUGCCACUGCAAUGCUGGCUUUCAGUUAACACCUGACAACCGCACAUGUGCCGAUAUAAAUGAGUGUGAGACCGGCAACCCCUGUGCCCAACUGUGCUACAAUAUAGUUGGUUCUUUCUUAUGCCAGUGCAAUCAAGGCUUUGAGUUAAGCCCAGAUAGAAUCAGCUGUGAUGAUGUUGAUGAAUGUAGAGCUUCUAACUUCCUGUGCCAAUAUCAGUGUGUCAAUGAGCCAGGAAGAUUCUCCUGCGCAUGUCCAGAUGGAUAUCAGCUGGUCAGAGGAAGAAACUGUCAAGAUAUAAAUGAAUGUGAAACACGCAAUGAAUGUCGAGAAGAUGAGUUGUGUUCUAAUUAUCAUGGUGGCUAUCGCUGUUACCCAAGAAAUCCUUGUCAGGAGCCUUAUGUGCUUGCAUCUGAAAAUCGCUGUAUUUGUCCAGUGUCUAAUCCUCUUUGUCGGGACCUGCCAUAUUCCAUUGUUCACAAAUAUAUGAGCAUCCAUUCAGAGAGGACUGUACCAUCUGAUAUCUUCCAAAUUCAGGCAACCACAAUUAUCCCCAAUACAAUUAACACCUUCCGGAUUAAAUCUGGAAAUGACAAUGGAGACUUCUUUCUUAGACAAACAAGCUCAGUGAGUGCAAUGCUUGUGUUGGUCAAGCCAUUAACAGGACCACGAGAACAUAUCAUCGACCUGGAGCUGUUGACAGUCAACAACAUGAACUAUCGGUCAAGUUCAGUACUGAGGUUAACACUUAUUGUGGGACCUUAUUCUUUUUAGUCACUGAAAUUAAGUAAUUUGCAAGCUCCCAGAGCAACCAAAGAAGCUUUCUUUUGAAUGAAGCACUUAUGAUUUUAUUUAUAGAUUUUACAUUGUGUUUUUUAAAAGAAAAAACUUUAUUAAGGAAAUCAGUAGUUGUAAUCAUGCUAUUACACAAUAUAACCUGGAUGUUGUCACCUUCUGUUAAGAAACUGCACCUCUAUCAUACUUACAAUAACUUGUACUCAUUGCCAUCCUAUAGCAUAGCAGCUCUUUUCUGAAAAAAAUGCAUGGAGUGAAUGAGCCAAAUUACAUUCUUACUCAGCUCCUGCUUUGCUGUGAUUACUAGAAGUUGUAAUCAGAACAUGAAUAAGCUGUAUACCUGUGUGGGGGUCUAAGCAAGCAGAAUUUCCAAUUUCAUAGAAACAUCUUACUUCUGAAACAUACAUACUCGUUCAUACAUUCAGCAAUCAUAGCUGAGUUGUGGGGUUAGACCGUAAAUAUAGUUUAUGUAAUUUCAAAAAAAAGCCUUCAUACAUUUUCAAAGUAACUUGGUAACUGACCUUGUUUUCAGUUGUGAUAUUCAGGGCAUAUGUGCAAGUAUUUAACCCAAUACUACUAUAGUACCACUUUUAUCCAGUGAAAUAGUGGGUAUCGUAAUCCAGUAUGCCAAUCCUUUGCUUGCAAUAGCUCCAUUUAUUUCAACAGAGGAAAAUCAAUCCACAUGUGUAUUUUUCUCUUUAAGUGGAUGAAAAGCUGUUAAGAAAAAGGGUUUCACAUGUUCUUCACGAAGUGGCCCAGACCAAAAAGGGCCACAUUGACAGUAAACUCAAUAGGACCUUGAUAGGAACUACAUCCACAUGGAAGGAAGUAAACACUGGGGUACCCCAAGUAAACAGUGGGGUACCCCAAGAUUUUAGGUCCAGUACUCUUCAAUAUCUUCAUAAAUGAUCUAGACAAGGAAACUGAAGGGGAACUCAUCAAAUUUGCAGAGAACACUAGGCUGACAGGAAUAGCCAAGACCCCAGAAGAUAAGCUCAAGAUCCAAAAAGAAUUUGACAGACUUGAAUACUGGGCCCUAUCCAACAAAAUGAAAUUCAACAUAGAUAAAAGUAAGGUUUUACAUUUAGGUAAGAAAAACCAACUGUAUAGGUAUAGACUAGCUGAAAAUUUGGGCUUAAUGCCAGUAACUGCAAGAGAGCUCUUGGACUCCUAGUGGACAACCACUUAAAUAUGAGCCAAUGUGGUGUAGCAGCAGCCAAAAAAGCCAAUGCAAUCCUAAAUUGCAGUAAUGGAUAGAAUCAAGAUCACGUGAAGUUCUAGUACUGCCUUAGUAAGAGCACAUUUGGACUACUGCAUCCAGUUGUCACCACAAUACAAAAAAGAGUACAGAGAACAGCAACAAAAAUGAUUAGCGGGCUAAAAUGUACGAAGAAAGGUUAGAGAAAUUGGGUAUGUCUAGUCUAAUAAAAAGAAGGACUGGAGGGACAUGAUAGCACUAUUCCAAUAUUUGAGGGGCUCCUACAAAGAUGAAGGGGGUCAAACUAUUUUCCAAAGCACCAAAAGGUAAGACAAGAAACUAUGGUUGGGAACUAACCAAGGAGAGAAGCAAGAACUAGAACUAAGGAGAAAUUUCCUAGCAGUGAGAACAAUUCACUGGUGGAAUAGCUUGCCUUCAGAUAAGGCAAUAUUGUAGGUGCUCCAUCACUGAAGGCUUUCAAAAAGAGACUGGACAACCAUUUAUUUGAAAUGAUAUAAGGUCUUGAGCAGGGGGUUGGACUAGAAGACCUCCAAUGUCUCUUCCAAAUCUAUUAUAUGUAGUUACUAAAUGGCUACUGAAUUAACUACCAGUGUCAGUAGUACAUACAUAUAAAUGGAUAUACACAUACAGUAUAGCCAUCCGAUGCUCAAGAUUCUAGAUCCUAUACCUUUCAAUUCUCUCAUGUAGCAAAACUAGGAAAGGAAUCCUGCCAGUGACAGUCAAAAUACAUAUUGGGUUUCACGGACAAAUUCCUGCUUCAUAUGUGAAAGAAUCACAUAUUUUCCUAACGUAAGGGAAAUGCAGCAAAUCAUGCCAAUAGGGGAAAGUAAAGUGCUUCUAGAGGGGGAUUCUUGAAGUACUGUAUUCCUUCAGGGCCCUAUAGUGGAAUAUAUAGACUCUCCUCUGAAUAUUAACCUGCAUAUUAAGGACAUUUGAGUAAUGUAUAUUAGAUAAAUCCCUUGCUGUUGUUCUUUUAAAGUGCCUUAAGAUUAAAGAAAAGAAAGAAUUCUGUAGAGAGUUAUUUGUUCUCAUAGUGGAGUUUUUUUAAAAAAACAAAGAUUAAUAGGUAUGAUAAAAAGGAAAUAGUUUGCACUUGGUGUUUCCUGAACAAAAGAUACUAGGCAAAUCUUUUCUACUUAAACAUACCACUCGUUGAUAUUUUAACUUUUCCAAGAAAAAUAGGACAUAAGGAGAAGUAUUUGCCAAACAUUAGUAAGCCUCUCAAACAAAACAAUAAAAAAAUCAUUUGGAGAAAUCAUUUUGUAUAAGUAUUAUUGUUUGUACAGGAGCAACCGUUCAAGUCUCCAACAAAAGGAUGGGGAGAAGUAGAUACAUGUUUGUAUACUAAGAUCUUCCAAUCUAAAAAACAGCUGUUUUUGUAUUACUUCUUUUUUUAAAUCAUGUUUGGCUCUGGUUUUUCUAUUUUUAAAUUUGAGGUCCAAGAGUUAGCUUCUUUUGAUAAAGCUUUCUACAAUAUGACAUUAAACUUAGUCAACCGAUAUAUCUGUUUUAUAACUCAGAAUUGUGAUUCUAAAUGUAUGGUGUUUAGCAAAAGAAAAGUGUAAUAGGACCUCGAGUUAAAAGCAUUCUUUUGUAUUAUGUAAAGACUUCUCUUGCUUCUUAUCUAAAAAUCAUAACAAAGAACUCUUUGAUGUACAUUUUUCUAAAAAAAUAAAUAAAGAAAAGAACAUAUCUUUUAGUGGA